AUGGAUCAAGAAAGGAAGCGGGACCUCCGCGAUCUGAACGAACGAGCGUGGGCUGGAGAAAGUGAUAUUCUUGAAGUCAGCAAGUCGUUGGAUUCGUCACUCAAGAAGAACACUGCCUUCAUCAAACGUCUCCGCACUGGUAUCACCGCUUCUGCGCUCGCCACUUUCCUCGCCGAUAUCCGCACGCUAUCGCUACACAAGUAUCUGUCGGAAAUUAUCUCAGCAUGUUAUGAAGGUCUCUGCAAGUUGAAGUCUCCCGGAGAGAUCGCCGCUGGAGUCGAGAUCGUGAGCGCGUUGCAUCAGAGGUUUGGCCCUCAUGAAUUCACAAAGCAGAUCGGAUGGCUGCUGGGCCGAGGACUGAGUUCGCCAGAAAAAUCGCAGCUGAAAGCGCUUAGCCAGGAUGUUCGUGAGAGAGAGGAGAAGGAGCGGUUGUCGAGACAUCGUGUGCUGCUCAAAGUGGUGACGGAAUUAUGGCUUGUAGGGGUUUUGAGGACGUUGGAUGAUAUCGAGCGUCCGGAUGAUCUUGGUGCAAAGAAUAAGGAUGCGAGUUCCAGUGCAGGUGGAAAGAGCGUGGACGGACCGUCUAGAGUCCGCUCUGCUGCGAAAGGCGAUCCGGAGAAGGAGUCUGAUCCCUAUCCUUUGGAAGUUCUGAAGGAUCUUUUGGGACACGAUAGGGACCAUGCGAAUUUGCCUCUUGCUGUUCUUUUCGUCAAGUCUUUUAGUUGGGAUGUUCUGGGAGUCAAGGCCGCUGAAGAAGGCCGCAAGAAUGUUGAUGCAGAGGGCACUACUACCGCUGUCCCGAACGGUGGCAAUUUUCCUGGAGAGAUCAACGGAGACGGUACGACAGAGGCACCACUAGCGUCGGAAAAAUUACAGAUGCGCUUCAAGAAUAUCCUGACUCGCUAUUUGGAAGAUGUCAAAGCACACGUUGUUCGCGACCAAAAAGCACUUUCUGCACAAAGCCGUCGCAAUGCCGAAGCAUACGUUAAGAGUGGAGAGAUAUUCGAAGACCGACAAGCGAAUUUCGAAAAGCAAACCAAAGCGCAUGAGAGGCUGGUAGCAAAUACACAGGCUAUGUGUGAGAUUCUAGGUGUGGAAAUGCCUAGCCUGGUUGAUAAGGAGGCAGCCGACGCUUCGAUAAGCGGAGGUAUUGGCCUCGUCAAGACUGCUGAAUAUCUCCGUGGGCAAGGUGACGGUACAGGUAUCUGGGAAGAUGAGGAUGAGCGACGUUUCUAUGAGAAUUUGGCGGACCUCAAAGGAAAAGUGCCUGCCGUGCUAUUGGAGGAUGGCAAGAAAAAGAAGGGUGACACUGAUGAGCAGGCUAAGGGACAGGAGACUACUGAAAAGACAGAUACAGAUGUAUCUGGGCCAGAUGCGAAACCUGCAACUGAAGCAGAUAAUGAGUCUGUUGCAGUUGUCAACAAAACCGUCGGAGCCCAGGUAGAUGCGCUUCUUGUCAAGCUUCCGGAUCUGCAAACGAAGGAUCAAGUCGAUCAACUUGCCCUCGAUUUUUGCUUUUUGAACUCUAAAGCUUCUCGAAACCGUCUUAUUAAGGCUUUGCAGGAUAUUCCCAAAGGCCGCACGGAUCUAUUGCCACUCUAUUCUCGCUUAGUGGCUACCCUUGGACAGCACAUGCCGGACGUCCCUCAAGGAUUGAUUACCUAUCUGGACGAGGAGUUCAGAAGCUUGCAGCGUCGAAAACAGAAGGAGUUCCUCGGACACGUCAGAAUGAUCAAUAUCCGAUAUCUGGCUGAGCUGACUAAGUUCGGGGUCGUGCCUGAGCAUGUUAUAUUUCACUGUCUCAAGGUAUGCAUGGAUGACUUUUCCCGUACAAACAUUGAGAUUAUGGGCAACCUGCUCGAGAAUUGCGGACGAUAUCUCUUACGGAACCCGGAAACAUCGCCUAGAAUGUCAUCGUUCUUGGAAACUGUUGGUCGAAAGAAAGCUGCUACGCAUUUAGGUCAGCAAGAGCGAAUGCUCAUAGAAAAUGCUAUGUAUUACGUUGAUCCUCCCGAGCGGCCUGCUAUCCAACAAAAGGAACGGACACCAAUGGAGCUUUAUAUUCGGAAGUUGUUGUAUCUGGAUAUGAACAAGCGCAACUAUACCAAGAUCUUGAAAUCUCUUAGGAAGCUUCACUGGGAGGAGUCAGAGGUUGUUGAUAUACUUGAACGAGUUUUCAGCAGACCGCAUAAAGUGAAAUACGGCAACAUCCACUUGCUGGCAAUUCUCGCUAGCGCUCUAUACCGGUAUCAUCAGGAGUUCGUAAUCGGUGUGGUAGAUAAUGUUUUGGAGUCAAUCACACUCGGCCUGGAAUUGAAUGAUUUCAAGUUCAACCAAAAGCGCGUUGCAGAAGUCAAGUAUCUUGGAGAGCUUUACAACUACAAGAUGAUUGACUCUCCUGUGAUUUUCGAUGCAUUGUACCGCAUUGUUGCAUUUGGGCAUGAAAAUGGGACACCUUCACCUAGCAAGAUUAACAUUCUUGACAUGCCUGAUGACUUCUUUCGUGUCCGUCUUGUUUGCACAAUACUCGACACUUGUGGCGUCUGUUUUGACCGAGGUUCUGCCAAGAAGAAGCUUGACUUUUUCCUUACAUUCUUUCAGUACUACAUUUUCACGAAAGACCCUUUGCCGAUGGAUGUCGAUUUCCUUGUUCAGGAUACUUACUCUCUUGUUCGCCCUCAGUGGAAAAUUGCGAGUGACAUUGAAGAGGCUGGACGCCUGUUCAGCGAGGCAAUUGCUCAGAAUUACAAGAUCCAAGACGGUGACAAAGGUGCUGAAGUGGAGGAUGAUGACGUUGAAAGUAUAUCUUCCGAUGCCAAUGGUGAAGAAGGUCUCGACGAUGAUGUGGUUCCGGAGAUUGAAGAUGGACAGUCUUCGGGCGAAGAGGCCGAACCAUUCAGCCAAAACGUUGAUCUAGAUGGUGAAGGUGUAGAUACGGAUUCAGAGGACGAAAAAAUCUUUGUUGCACGUCAGGAAGAAGAGAGAGACCCUGAAGCAGAGGCCGAGUUUGAUCGAGCAUUCGAAAAAAUGAUGGCUGAGAGUAUGGAAGGCCGCAGAUUCGAGAGGAAAGCACUCUUUGACAUACCACUUCCCAUGCGGCCAUCUCGCCGAGAACCGACUGCAAGUGACGAAACAGCGACAGAGACGGCGCAACAGCCAUCUAACACCAUGGCCUUUUCACUCAUGACAAAGAAGGGUAAUCGGCAACAGACACGCACAAUUGAGUUGCCCUCCGAUUCCAGCUUUGCAAUCGCCAUGAAAACGCAACAACAGGCAGAUCGAGAAGAGCAACAACGUAUCAAGAAUCUCGUUUUGAGCUAUGACCCAGGAGACACAGAACAGCCCGAAGAGAAACGACCGUCGCGUGAUAACAGAAUGGACAAGUCGAAUCGGCCGGGAUUCCGUUCGCGAAAGUUGCAAUUGAGUGAUGUUGACUGGACUUGAACGUGCAUGUCAUAGCCAGACCAUUUAUUAAAUCCAUCUAGCCUUGGUCG